AUGUUAACUCACCCAACCCCAAGAAGCCUCUCAUCAGAAAAGCUUGACUUAUCCGAUUUUGGGGUUUCGCUUCAAAUCAAUCAAUCAAUAUCUCACAUCGAAACCCUAAUCUCCGGAUCAGGUUUCAUGUCUGAUCUCGACGUCCAAACUCCUGCUGCUUUUGAUCCUUUUGCUGAUGCAAAUGCUGAGGACUCUGGUGCUGGGGCAAAAGAGUAUGUGCACAUUCGUAUACAGCAACGCAAUGGUCGGAAAAGCUUGACAACUGUGCAAGGUUUGAAAAAAGAAUUCAGCUAUAACAAGAUACUGAAGGACCUCAAGAAAGAGUUCUGCUGUAAUGGUACAGUGGUGCAAGACCCUGAAUUAGGCCAGGUUAUUCAACUUCAAGGUGACCAGCGCAAGAAUGUCUCUACAUUCCUUGUUCAGGCUGGCAUUGUGAAGAAGGAGAAUAUUAAAAUUCAUGGUUUCUAA